AUGACUGUGGCAUCUGUUCCUACGGAUGUGGAUGUGGUGCCAGAGGAUGUAAAUGUCCUUGUACCGAAGGAGGAUGCACCUGGCCCACAACCCUGGCAAUCCAUGAAGAUCUUGUGCUUCACGUGGAAUAUGGGUGAUGCCAAGCCAGCUGAGGAGGAACUAGAGCACUGGCUGCCGAAGAAGGGAGGCGACUAUGAUCUCGUAGCUGUUGGAGUUCAGGAGUGCAGCUAUGAUCCGGGCAGCAGCCCGUCUCGCAACCCGAAACGCCGGAAGUCCUUGAAAGGCAGUGGGAAGGUUCAGCUUCCGAUGCUCUCCGGGGCCGUGGAAGAGGCCUGGCACACUUUGGGUAGUAGUCCCCGCUCCAGCGACAAGAGCCCUGAGCGGCGAGUCCGGGAUGUCCGGGAGGAAGCCUUCACUUUCCAUUGGGAUGACAUCCUGGCAGAAAGGCUUGGGGAUGGAUUUACAAGGGUACAGCAGGUGGUCCUCAUGAGCAUGCGCCUCCUCGUUUUUGCUCGGACGGAGUACUGUGAUGGCACCUUCGAGUGGUGUGGUGGCCCCCUGGUGCACUCCGUGCAGCAAACAUACUCCGCAACAGGGUUGAUGGCCGGCACUGUCGGGAACAAGGGCGGUCUUGUGGUGACGUUGCAAUUUGGGCCGACCCGGCUGUGCUUCGUAAGCUGCCACCUAGCUGCCCACCUCAGCGCAGGAGAAAAGCGCAACAGCGACUGCCGGGAGAUACUGCAGGAGACAUGGCCAGUAUGUCAUCCCGACUUGGAUCUCUCCUGCGAGUUCGACCACUGCUUUUGGUUUGGGGAUCUGAACUAUAGGCUUGACCUGGCCAUGUCUGACCUCAGAGACCUCCCAACGGUUGCUUUGGGCAAGGCAAAGCCCAGCUCGGGUAAGGAGAUUCCGACUGGGCCUUCCACCUUGUCGGCUCCUUCAAACCCCUCCAGGCCCGAUCACUUCAGUGCCAUCCUGGACAUGGUGGAGGGGCAGCUCUAUGAUGAGCUGAUGCGCCAUGACCAGCUCAGGCUCUACCGGCAAGCAGGGAAGGCCUUCGUGGGAUUCCGGGAGGGCAACCCGAGCUUCCCUCCCACCUUCAAGGUUGAAAGAGCCAGUGGCACAAAGCACCAAGAGGAAAGAACUCCUUCUUACUGUGAUCGCAUUCUCUGGAAAUCCUUGGAUUCCUUAGAAGGCUGUGUUACGCAGCAGGAAUUGGCGUCACCAGCGGAGGUGACCACCAGCGAUCACAAGCCGGUCUUUGCACGUUUUAAAGUGGAAGCGCCUGCUUCUCUCGGGCAGCUUUUCCAGAAGCAGCUCUCGCCCGACAAAUUUCCGGCUGUGCAGGUGACCCAGCUAAAAGCACGAGGAGUGAACUCUGGACAAGGAGCAAAGUUCCGUGUGCUCUUCAUCGUAACACCGCUGGAGCUGAACACCGCGAGAUAUGAAAGUGCAGUGAGGCAGAUGCGUGAGCCAACAUGGAGGGUGGAUGAGCUGCCUGUCUUGCGGCCCGCAGCAACGUGCCAGGACGAGUUGAACAGCUGUUCUGUGAUUCUUGUCCUGUACAACAAGAACAUCAGGCUAGGUUCCGUAGGUUUGCGCUUUCCCGGAUACGACUCUUCCCACACUCUGUCUGGGCAGCGCUUUCGCUUGGAUUUCGACAAGCCUAUUGUGAACAGACUUUGUCCACAAGCCGACUUGGAUCUCAAGAUCCUGCAGGGGCGACUGCCAGACUUACAACUUCAGAAGUCCAAGGACAUUGCCGUAGUUCCUUAUGCCCACAUCAGUACCUGUCCGGCUCCGUUCGUGGAUUUUCCCGUCCUUGCCCAUCCGUUGCUGCAAACGCCCAAGGAGACCCGCUGCCCACUCUGCAACGAGGAGUUGGUUGAGGUGUUGCUCACCAACAGGCGCGAUGCAUCCUUCGAUCCGAAGGAUGUCCUGGGACUUAACUAUGAAGUUCCCUGGACGUACUUCGGUGACGACACGAUCCGUCGAGCUGCUGGGCAGCUGCUAGGCUAUCGAUGUCAGAUGGAGGGCUGCGAGAAGCGAGACGUUGCCUUCAACACCCUGAAAAAGUUAGAGGAGCACCUUUGGCACUCGCACUGGCGACAGCUUUGCAAUGUCUGCUUGCAUCACAGGCCGGCAUUCGUUUGUGAACAGAGGGCCUAUGCGUCAAACGACAUGGAGCGACAUUUUCGGGAAGGAGACGCAGCAUUCAUGUCGACGGAGCAUCCGACCAGCUCAGCAGCAAGUGUUCCUCCUCAUCCCAAGUGCGAAUUUUGCGGCCAGAGGUUCUUCAACGAUGAGAGCCUUCUGGCACAUAUGCAGAUGAAGCACGAGGUUUGCAAUCUUUGUGAUUCCAUGGGAUGGAAGAACGAGUACUACUUGAACCCAAAGUGCCUUUCGCGCCAUUAUCAGGAAUGCCACUACGUGUGUGCUCACCCGGACUGCGCGACUGGCGGUUACAGACAGAUCGCUUUCGCGGAUGAGAAGGGCCUCGAGGAUCACUACAUCAGAGUCCAUAAACAGACCUUUGUGCAAGAGAAGGGCAAGAACAAGCUGGAGAUCAACUGGUUCCAGGACUCCAACCGGCAUCGAGGAAAAGGCUCAGGCCGGGGGUCCCUGGAGGACGUGGAUCCGGUACACUUCCGAUGGCCGGAGACGGCCACGCCGGAAGACUACGCCCGAGACGCCGAGGCGGAGGACCACGCCAGGCGGGACGGCAACUUCAAGCGCUACCCCCGCCGUGACAUCAUUCCUCUUGCCAUCAAGGGCAGCGACGAAGGAGGCUGGCGAGCGAAGGAUCAAGAAGUAGGCGGAGGUGUAGAACAAAAUGGUAGCGUCCAUCUCGAGUCCGAGCAGGUGGAAGUGCCUCUGCAACCAGGAACUGCUCCAGAGGAUUCAACUGCGAAGAGAAGAGCUGAGAAGAAGGAGCCUGAGAAGAAAGAGCAGGCACUACUUCCCGCUAUGGAAGCUCUUGGCGUCGAGUGUGCGGUUGCCAGCGAUGGACCUCGCAGCGGGGCUCCGAGCUGCCUCAGCGCCUUAUGGGGAGCUCUCUGCGCAAUUCUGGAGGAGGACGACCAAGAAGACCGCGACACGGUGCUCUUACCCGUGAUUCAGAGACUCAAUGCCGCGGAGGUGGAAAACCUGGAGAGCAUGCGCAUUCACCUGCAUGACUGCCCUGGUGAUCCCGGCGCAGCGGAGCACAGCAUCGACUGGGCUCCCCUGGAGCGGUUAUUGAGUCUACGCCCCCUGCUGUUCAGACUCUUGCGUGACAAGACCAACCAGACCAAGGCGAACAACUCGUCCGCCUCCAAUCGUCGUCUGAUUGGGCCGAGGCAGGGUCCAGCUGCUGAACAGGAGCAGGACGAGGCAAAGGCCUGGCGCGAAUGGAAGGUUGCUGCGCAGGCGGUCAUCCUGGCUAUGGAACCCAAGGCUCAACAACGCGUUCUGCGUUAUGUGGCGCUGUGUGUACAGAGAAGAACAGCGCUUGACAACCGGGACGCGGGCGUCCCGGAUUGGGAGGAUGAGGAGAACUUGCAGCAGGACUUCCCAUCGCUUGGGGAGGCGCCGGUUCAAAGCUCCGGCGCAGAAGUCAGCUCUCUGGCACGCCAUGCCCGAGGCCGGUAUGUAUGCAUAUGUAUAUAUAUAUAUACACACAUACAUAUAUGUAGGUGCAUGUGCAUAUGA